AUGGUUGAUUUUGUGAAGAACUUUCCCGCUGCACCUGAAAAAAGCCAUCUUUACCAGUUUGUUGAUCCCAUUCCAGACUUGACUCCAAGAAGCCAGAAGCAGUCUCUCAUGCGAAAAGUUCAGGCAUUCAUAAAUUUCCUACAUGAGUUGGGCUUAUCAGGUGACAGCAUAGGUCUUGUCGUAACUCAGUGCCCUGAAAUUGGAGUUUGCAGUGUUGAAGACAAUCUAAGGCCUAAAGCCGAGUACUUCAAAUGGUUGGGGGUUAAUGUUGCCAUCGUUCUCCAGAGAUCUCCAGCAAUUCUUUCUGGUAGUAUUGGGGGCCAUCUCAAGCCGGUGACCAAGUUUUUCUUGGAAAGGGGAUUCAGUGUUGAAGAAGUUGGGACCGUGAUCUCGAGAUAUACAGCUCUAUAUUCAUCGAUUCUGACACAGAACUUGAUUCCAAAAUGGGAGUUCUUUUUUGACAAUGGGAUAUUCAAGAUCUGA